AUGACCAUCAGUAACAAGGACUCAGACGCAGAGUUAUCGACAGUUGACACAUUACUGUCAGAAAUCGAAAAGGAGAUUCCAGCGUCUGCCAGCAGACAAAUCCCAUUGCAAGAAAUAGGCGACGACACCAUGGAGAAAAUAGUCAAGUAUAACACACAAACCAAUUUAAGCUUGGGUGCUCAAGAUGAAGACCAAAAUGGACUGGCCGAACGGCCACUUCUGGAGCCUCGCAAUCGUAAGUCUGUGAUGUUCAGUGACAAGCAUGAGCUUCAUGAAUACCCGGGAACAGAAACGUCAGCAGCUGAGGAGGAAUUAAAGAGACACAUCGAAAAGACAGUAACCGUAGCCUGGAACCAUUCCUCACUCCCGCAAGGUGAAAGUGGGAAGAAGACCACAUAUUCACAGGAAAACGGACAGGAAGAUGAUGCCAAGGACCAACAUGACAGAGCCAGCAGUGGUUCAGAGAGCUCAGAAAGUUCAUUACUGCUCACAACAGAAGAAUUGAAAUCCAGUUCUGUCACAAAUUUAUAUGAUAGGCUUGAUCUUGUACUGGGGAGUAAGCCGGGGUCACCAAAUGUUCCCAAAUUGAAGGAAAUGAUCAAUCAUGUGGACAGCUUGGCUUUUGCCCCGUCCACGGACCGUGCAUCCCAAACAGAACCUUUAAGAAUUACUUUUGAGUCAACACCACCGCUAGGUGGUAAUACUCAGCGUCACGAAUUGCUAGAAUACGAAAUUCAUUCUUCAGCGUCAGAAGACGAAGAGUUUUUCUCCCGGCGCCCACAUUCUCCGUCCAAAAUCCCCACUACAAACACUAUUCGCAUCAACAGACUGGCCAAUUCGCCUAAUUUGACGUCAAACCAGGGGCCUAGCCGCGUUUCAUCAGGUUCUUCUAUGGACGAAAGUAUAACUGACCUAGAAACUACAAUGAUGCAGGAUAAGUUCAAUCUCCUUAGGACGUCUGUACCGCAGACUGGCACUGAUAUUCAUGAGAUUGCACAUUCUGGGUUUGAAAUGUCAAACAGAAGCUUGGUCGCUUCUGAAGCGGCCCGUAAUACUUCCAGGGUCUUCAGCAUGGCUACAACUGCUGAGGAGUUCCAAUCGGCUCGAGAAAGUGCAGAAAGUGCAGAAAGUUCGAGCUCAGCUGACGAUUCCCAAGCGUUUGAAGCCAUUGAAGACCUCCAAAUAUCAGAAGGUCUGGUAAGAGAAGACGCAACCUUGAAAAACAUCAAUGAAUUGGUCAAGCUGGAUGACUAUCACAACGAUGGGUCUAAUGCUUACCUUAAAGGUGAGAGAAUGCUACCGUCAGAUUAUGAUCUUUCUGGUGACAAUAUGGUUAAAUCCCCCUCGACAUCUACCGUCCAACUUUCUUCCUUACACGAUCUUAACAGAGGGGAUCCAGCUCUUGAUGUUAGCGAAGAUGAACACCAAAUAGAAGAGUCCAUUGGAAGUCCUAACCACAAUGGCGCUGGUAUGGAAAAUGGGGAGGAAGCCAAUUCAGCUGCUACUGAUACUUCUGAGGACAAUUCCGAAAUACGUUCAAGUGCCGUCCAAGAAACGGAUACGUCGGUCUCGUCCGUCCCGGUGAUUCAGGAAAAAGCUGACGAAGGCUUUCAUGAUGACAAGCCCCAUGACUACGCGGCUGUAGCCGCUGAUCAGGCAGCGACGAGUGAUUUGAAACAUCCCACCGAAGGCAUUCUAAAAGAUACGCGGAUUAUCUCCCACAAUCUUGCGAACGUCUUCGACGAGGACGCUAUCUUCGCAGACAUUGGUGAUACUUCCCAAGAUUCUGUUGAUAUUACCUAUGCACUAAAGCCAACCUAUCUUUCAAUCUGGCAUUCACAAGACGUGUCGAGCAAUGCAUCACCCACCAUUUCAUCUCAUUCGCAGUUUUCACAACAGUCCAACAUAACCAGUGAUUCGUCUGGUUCGGUACCGUCAACCUUCAAACUCAAGCCGCGCAUAGUGAGCAGGGGUAAAAUCCACUACCCGCGAACAAGGACUUCCUUGCCUAUAAAUCAAGACAAGUCCUACCAAAUCCAGAAUAGUAGCUCCAGUAAAUUCGAUCCCCGUCGUCUUCAAUGGAGUCAGCGUGUACAGCCCGAGAUCUCCAGAAAGCACUCUCAUGACACGAACAUUCCUUCCAUUGCGCGCAUUGCACUAGCAGAUGAGCAAUCAGAUUUAGGUAUACAAGCUGCAUCGAACUCGAAACAAGAUUCGGUUCAACAUGAACCAAUGGCGUAUAGCGAUUGCGAUACUGAACAACCAGAUAUGAUAUUAUCAGAUUCAGUGGAGGUAGCGGAGACCAGUAAAAUAAGCACGCAUACUCUGGACAAUUCUUUACAGAUACCUGACAUGGGUAGAGACAACUUUGACCUCGCUGAUGACUUCAACAAACUGUUAAGAAGCUUCAGUCAUGGAAAUACUUCCUCGAAUGAGCCCAGUGCACAGAAUGGCGAUCCCAUCGUAUACCACAUAUGGGGUGAGGAUAACUAUCACAAUGCUGUUGAGCUCUCAUUUGAAGAUGAAUACGGGAUCGCAACAAGUGCCAAGAAAGGGAUCAAUGAGAAGGUCCUGACAAAGCUUCUCAGCGAUGCGGAGAAUGAUGGAGAAGAAGAUCCAAACAAAAAUGAAGUAACUGGUCUUGGGAUACUAAGAAGCGCUGAUAGCGAUGUUGCUGUAUACAAUAGCGAAACUUUCAAAGGAUUCGAAGCUGUAAGGUCUGCAUCCGGAGAAACAAUGGAGCCUUUAAAGAGCCCAAAGACGUCGCCAGUGAAAAGUACACAUGUAGAGAGCCCAUUCAAGACUGUCAGGGCAAAGAAUCUCGACAACCCAAACAAAAUUAUUACGGGAUCUCCGGUCCGCACCGUUGGUCUAGAAGAAAAUCAGACGCAGCAGCUUGAAAGUGAACCCAGCAUCCAUUUUUCGACAGAACAUCCUAGUGGCAUCUAUCAGGAAAGUCGGGAAAAAUUUUUGAAGGACACUGGAAAACUAUAUAUUCUGAUCAAGUCGAUCAAAGGUAUUAAGCUCGAAGACAUCUCGCGUCACAAAGCUGAAAUUUCUAUUGAGUUUGACAAUGGUAUCAACGUUGUUCAGACGCCCUGGACACCUCUAGAUAAAGAUGCCAUUGAAAUGAAUCAAGAGUACGAGCUGAUCAUUGGGGACAUGAAACCAGCACUCUGCGCGCAGAUAACUCUCAAGUGCAGGUACCAGAGGCCCACUUCGCAAUUGGUUGAGGUGACAGAGCGCAUUCCUAUCAAGAAGAAAUUCCCGUUCGGCAAACCUAAGUAUAGUUUGAGGAAAGUGUUUGUCAACAAGAAAGUGGAAAACGAUCCUUGGGAUCACGUAUUUGCUCAGGAUGGAUCUUUUGCCCGCUGCAAACUGCCAGUUGACAAGGCUAUGCUGGAAGAAAAUGCUUUUAGAAGGAAAAGAUAUUCCUUUCCGCUUUUUAAUGAAUGGAAAAGGAAGAUCGGAAAGUCACAGGACGGAGAAACUGUUUAUAAUCUUCCUCGUCAACCUGCUUAUCAAAUUGGUGAAAUUGAGCUAGAGAUGUGUUUUCUUUCACGAACGUCCAAUUUCGAAAAGUUUCCGAAGACACUUGAUCUGGCUCACGAUGUAGUCAACAAGUUUGCCGAACAACAGGAGAUCCAAUUCGAAGGCUUUCUAUGGCAAGAAGGAGGUGACGUGGACGGAUUGCUACAAAAGCGGUUUUUCGUCUUGAAGGGAACUCAACUCAUCGCUCACCAUGAAAUAACCAGGGCACCUCAAGCGCUCAUAAAUCUUUUAAAAGUGGUGAGCGUUGUCGGAGAGGGAGGGCUUACUGAAGAAGCGGCUCAAAAAGUGAGAAAUUUCACAGACAUGGUUCUUUUCAGUGAGUGCUUCAAGCUCAUUUUCGAGAACGGCGAGAUUAUCAACCUGGAUGCCGAAUCUGCCGAUCUCAAAGCCAAAUGGACCGCUCUUCUAACACAGGUUGUUGGAUUGAACAAAUUCCACCAACCGUGGGUCAAGCAUGUAUUGAAUAACAGGUUGUUGAACCUGUAA